CGCUACAGCCUCGCAUCUAACAUGUGCACCAUUUCAGUAAUGAGCUAAGACUGUUCGAAACACCACCCAUUCACACAACCAUCCAGUCCAUACCAAAACGAUGAAACUACUCCCAUAACCACCUCUAUCAUAUUUCACCGCCCCACCUUAUACCAACCACGCCUUGGCUUGCCUCCACCCUCACCCAUCACUGCCCAGCCCACCGUCACUAUUUAGCCCCACCAGGCUGAGGGGCUUUUGUGUCACCUUUUCCAUGCGUACCCACCAGUCGAUCUCAGAAAACAACACGGUAGCGACAACGCCAGUGACGUUUCCUCAGCCACCACGACCGCCUGACUGAGACGUAAAGCCUGAACCACGCCCAGACUGGCCAAUUGCACUCACCUCAUUGUUUGAGCCGCUUUCCUUUUCCACCGUCAUAUUUGCCUCCACCUCCAGUCGACCUCGCUAGCCAACCACCACCAUGCUUCCACCUACGGUCGCUUCGAUCCCAGAAGCCAAGGAGGAGUACCUUGGAUCCUCAUUGAUUGAGAGAACCGGCAGAUUGCACUCCUUCGCCGACUUGGGCCCUGCCGACUUGUGCAAUCUCCACAAGCAGUCCACCACAUCGAAGAAGAAUACCGAAAUCGGGACCUUUUUAUACUUCACAGGAGUAGACACCUCCAACUCGGCCUCCAUAGCUGCUCACUUGCAGGGCUUGGCCACUUUGAUUGGCUCCAAGUCCCAAUACUGGUUUGGCGAGAAAAAGCACUGGAAAGUGCCCCAAUUGACCUACUGUACCUACAACGCAUUCUCCAAGGUCGAUAUGAGAGUCACAGUCCAUAUUCCCGGUAAAUUUGAAAGCUCGAUCGUCAACCAUGAGGGCAAGUUAAUCCAAGACAAAGUCAGCAAGGACGAAGCCGACAACUUAUGGUUGGAAACCUUCGUCAGCUCCAUUGUCAGAUCGGUCCUUGAUUCCGACGAAGACGAUGCCAACAAAGUUGGAGGCUUGGUCGAAAUCAGAAAGAUAAAUCCUUUCGGAUCAAAGCUGAUCUUGGAUUCGUUCAUGGCUGGUUUUGAAAAACUCUUCUACGAUGGUCCAAAAUUAGGUUGUGGUAUCGAAAUUCCCCAACCAACCUUAAUCAAUAAUUACCUCGUGGACGGUUUUUUGAAAUGUGUGCAGCUCGCCCAGAAUUACGAUCAAGCAUUGGAAAUAUUGACUAGAUUGCAUGAAAAUGAACCAAGCGUCAUAACCUUGAUUGCCCAUGUUUAUUUAUUAAUGGAUGAAGAAGUCAAAGCCAUCCAAGUGAUGAACGAAGGUGUGAGUGAGAAUAAGAGAGACGCCAACUUGGUCUUGUUACAAGCCCAAUUCUGUCUCGAUAAGAAGAGAUAUGAUUUGGCUUUAGAUUUAUCUAAGCAGGCUGUCAAGUCCUCUCCUUCUGACUUCAAGACUUGGUCUAUGUUAGUAAAAGCGUAUACCAAGUUGGGUGACUUUGAAAAUGCCUUAUUGUCGUUGAACUCUUGUCCAAUGAAUUCUCACAAAGAAAAAUUCAGCUUGAAGCGUGUUGUUCCAUUAAGAAGUGGUAAUGAAGAUUUACAUCUUCCUUCUCCAAUUGAUGUCACUUUGGAAGAGGUCUCUAAUUUGCAAAGUAAUGAUAUUGCUUAUGAGCAAAGAAACUUGGAUCCCCAGUUGAGUAAUUUACCUGCUUCAAACUUGAAAUCGACUUUUGCUCAAGCUUACGAUUUAUUAACUGAAAUCGUUGUCAAAACUGGAUGGGAAUCUUUAUUAAAAUAUAGAGCAAAAGUAUUUGUCAUGGAAGAAGAGUACAGGAAAGACAGAAAUGGACAUAAACAAACUCCCUCUGUCACCAAUAUUAAUGAGGUUCCUAAUGGAACAACAGAAGUCACCACUAAUGGAGAAGCUAAUGACAGUACUACUGAGCCCACCUUGAAUCCAGAUUCUUUGGUCGGAGAAAACGACGUUUCGUCAACUCUUGGAGUCAAAUCACCUAAAAGAGAAGUUGAAACCGAAGCCAACGAUGACGAAUCUUAUGAAAACGAAUUCAAGAAAAAGAGAUUGUGUGAAAGAUGGUUAGAUAACCUCUUCAUGUUACUUUACGAAGAUUUGCGUGCUUACACCAUGUGGCAAGCAGAAUCACUCCAUUUCCAAGCACAACAAAUGGAAUACAAGAAGACCACUUUAGAGUGGGAAAUUUUGGGUAGCAUUGCUUAUAGAUUAAAGCACUACAAGGAAGGAUCCGUUGCUUUCAACAAUGCCUUGAGCGGUAGAUUUUCUGCCAAGUCUCAAAGAGAAAUGCUCAAGUACUACCAAAUGGAGAGGUCCAAGAUCUUGUCCAAGAACUCUACCAAUUCCUCGAAUGCAAACUCGGCUUCCACGAGCUAUACCCACAAUUACACCAAGAUUGUCAACCAAUUGAACGAAAAGAUAUUAGAGAGUACCAUCAAAUUAUUGGUGUGGAACCAUCGUUGGUACAGUGAUUUCUCGCCUUCGUUGAUAACUACCAUCAGUGAUUUGGUUGCCAAGGAAGGGCUCAUCAAGAUCCAAUCCUUGGUUCAAGCAGUCUAUUCAAAUAAUAUCUCGACAGGUGGAUCUGAUUCUGUUGGAAACCAUGGUAUCACUGAUAUGAUGGACUCUAUAUUCGAGUUUCUCACUAGUUACGCAGUCACAGGUGCCGAUAACUAGCUUGUAUAGAGCCAAUAAAUAGUGAAGCUCAUUUAUUAACACAGUACAAUGGUGAGAUGGCCGUUAUUUUCAGAAAAGCUUGUAGGUAAGCUGGAGACAAGUUUGACCUGGCAUACCAAGGUUUUGCCCUGCCAGUGUAGGUUUUCCCUAGUUAUCAAAGACAUGACCAU